CUCCAUUUAACUAAAUUGUGUGAGCAUUCAUAUCAUCUCUCCGGACACAUACCUUCUCCUCUUCUGUUUCACUUAGAGAGAAAGAGAUCCAACAACGAACAGCAUCGCAUCCAUCAUUUUUACGUCAUUCUUCACCGCAGGUCGAAAGAUAGGACGUUGGCGUUGAACAGGAGACGGAGUUCCGUUUAGCAAAAACACUCUAAAUUCAAAGGGGAUCUUUUAUCCCUUGCCAGCCAUCAAAGGGGUGACAAUUCAACCGGCGUGCCGAGGGUCAUUUCUGCAGAGUUAAGGUGAAAGAAUACCGAAUCUUGCAAACAAACAUUGUACCUUCUCAAGCCCUUUUCAGGAGAUCUCUACAAAUAGGAUAAAAGGACACCCUUUUCAUCAUGCCUUCCAGUUCUGGCAAUGGAGGAGGUCUUUUCUCUUCCAUCACAUCCCUCUUUAGUAGCGCAAACUUAGGAGAAGGUUCAUCAAGCUCCCCUUCAGGAGGCCCCUAUUCAGACAGAAAACGUUCUGUUGCAGGUUUACCAACAACCAUGCGACGCGGACCACCUCGCUCUCUUGACGACGACGAUCCUGCUUGGAGAUUGCCAUACGGUCAAUACGGUAACGAACCAAAUACAGCAACAUCAACAAACGGUAUCUAUCCACCUUCGUCUGCCAGUCCAUUAACUUCAAAUUUUAGCAAAGCAAAUUCAAGAAUGCUUCCUUCAAAUGGCGGUGAAUCAACCGCAACUUUGGUGCCCGGAGCCCAAUCUCGUAAUUCUUUAAGUCUUUCGACGAACGUCUCUAUCCCAUCAACUGCUUAUCCUCCGCUCAAACAUACAUGGAGACGCAUUCGAAGCUGGUGCAAUAAGAAUUACACCGAAUUAGCCGAUACUCUCAAUUGGCCUGCAACCGAAGCACAAUUAGAUGACUUGGAGCUCACAAUCGGCUUUGCAUUACCUCCUGCUGUUCGUGAUAGCUAUUUAUGUUAUGACGGGCAAGAACUUGAAUCAAAUCAAAGCUGCAGCGAUGGUUUGUUCUUCGGACUUCCGCUUUUGAGCCUCGAUCAGAUUGCAGAAGAAUGGAGAUUUUGGCGUAAUGUGGAUGAAGAUCCAUCGACAGGAGCCAAUCCAGAAGUUAAAGGCUGGAUGUGUAGCUGUCCAGCGGGCUGGGUAAGACCAGAAUAUUCUUGCCGAGGAUGGAUUCCUCUGAUCACCGAUCGUGUGGGCAAUUAUGUCGGUGUGGAUUUGAGCCCUAAUCCGGGUAAUGGUGGUUCUCCUGGACAAGUCAUCUUGUUUGGUCGUGAUUUCGAUACAAAGAUCGUCCUUUGGCGCGGUGAAGGUGAAGGAGGAUGGGGAAGAUUCUUACAAUACAUCGCUGAAGAAUUGGAAACAGGUGAAAUUUGGACUUUGGAGGAAGAGCACAGUAACGAUAGCAACGAUGAAGAAGAUGCGAUCGGCUAUGAAUCCUACUUCUCCGGAGGCGGUAGUGGUGCAGGUAGAGGUGGUGGCGAUCGCGGCGGAGAUGGUGCUGCUGGCUUCAAAUUGAAAGGGGAAUAUAAAGGCUGGCCUGUGCUAGAAGCUUGGGCAGAUCGCUCGAUGCGUUGUUGGGAAGAAAUUGGAAUGGCAGCCGGUCAACCAGCUUGGCGUUCUGAUCAUCAGCAACCACCGAGUGUCGUUCUUCCAGGCGAUCAACUCGAUGUGGAUGAAAACGGAGAAUCGUUCGAUGCCGAGAGCAGCUCAAAAGCUGCAAAUCGCUAUCAAGACGCUGGAAGCGGUUCCAAUUCAUCGUCUACAACUGCUAUUCAGGGCCCGUCAAAAUCCGAUCAGAGCCACCCACUUGAAUCUUCCAGUCCAAUUGCCACGCCAAGCACACCGAACUUAGACGAUGGUAAGAGAGUUUCAGAUACAUUAUCACCCCCGCCUAUGCAUACUCCUCGUUUCAGACAAAAGCAACGUGAAGAUCCUUCUAGCGAUAAUUUAAAGCAACAAUUACGGCCAAGACGACCUGUACCCGCUCCUGCUGCAUCUCUUGAUCUUCCUACGAUUGACGAUGUACGUGCUGCGCAUGCAGCUGCUAUGGCUUCUCAAUUAGGCAGCGGAGGAAAUUAUCAUUAUGAUAUGGAGAAUGGUGCACGGCCACCUGCUGGAAUGGGCGGCAUGGGUAUGGGCAUGGGAAUGCGAAACAAUGGCAGAGAUGAAGCAUAUCAUCAUGGAGCGCAACCAUAUGCUGUUCGUCGUAGCGAUGACGUACGUGUGAACUUGUCACGAGAUGAAGAUGGAGUGGAAUUAGACAAUCGCACAAGCACGGAAGGAUUAUAUUCUACUCAAAGGGAUAGCGAUUCAGCUUUGGUAAACUUACAAGAUUCCCAUAGAGGAUCCCAAACGAACGUAAACAAUUUGAGCGCGCCUUCAAGUGGUGCAGGUAGAACGUUAUUCGCUGCAUCUAGAAGUUCAGAAGCGGUUGAUAAUCUGAUUGAUGCAAGUUCAUCUUCUGACGUUUCUAUUCAGAUCGAAGGUACACGAGCAGCUGCCAAUCAACAUGGAGGAAAUACAAACAAUAUCCCAUCCGUUUCCAGUCCAUUGGCAAGUCAAGUGCCGAUCUUUGGAGGAACGACGAAUGAUUCAUUUACGGGUGAUGUGAACAAGCAACCUUUAACGGCCUAAGAUUGAAUUUUUAAAUAUGAAUUUUGUUUUAUCAUGAUAUUUUUUCACUACAUUCCAACUUCAGAACGUGGUAUUAUAUGUCUUUUUUUCUUUCUUCUUCUCCUUCUUCUUGUCUUUCGUAUUUACACACUCGUUUUCAUAGUCAUAUUCAUCAUAAUAUUCAAUUCUUAUUAAUCGAUACACAAAAGUACAG